UUUGCUCCACACUCAGUGGAAAAGCCUUGCCAGCUGGGGAAGGCUGGGAGGGCAGGGAGAGCCUCAGCAGGCAGCAGACAGAGAGUGCAGAGGAGGAGAUCAAGGAAUUUCGGGGCAGCCAGUGCCCGUGGGACGUACGGCACAGGCACUCGACCUGUGGGACCCUGCCCAAGGAUUCAGCCACCAAGCCUGGACCCCACCAUGCUGUGCCCUGCUCCAAACACAGGUCUCUGGCUCCUCAUCCUCACUGGUCUGCUGGAGGUGACGUCUGGGGGCAGCAGGCUGCACAUCGAACCCACAGACACUCAGCUUGAACUCGGCCUCCACAGCACCUUCUCCCUCUUGUGCUACGGGGACGGAGAGCUGGUCUGGGAACGGGAGGGUCAGCCCCUCUUUGCCUCACUGGAGCACAGGGAUGGUGUCUUUGUCAGCAACCUCACCCUCAGGAAUGUGACAGGCCAUCACACCGGGGAGUACACGUGCACCUACAGCCCUGAGCAGGCUCCAGAGCCAGCAGAGAGGAAAUCCCUGUACAUCUACGUUCCAGAUCCCUCCCUAGUCUUCCUCCCUGCAGUCACCUCUGAAGAGGUUUUCAUCUUCAUCACGGGCUACACAGAGGCUGUCAUCCCAUGCCGUGUGACCAACCCACAGAUGCAGGUGACCCUCUAUGAGAAGAAGGUGGAGAACCCCAUCCCAGCUGCUUAUGAUCCACAACAAGGAUUUAAAGGCUUCUUUGAGGAUAAGACCUAUUUCUGCCGGACAUUUGUGGAUGACCAGGAGGUGGAUUCAGACACCUUCUACGUCUACAGGAUCCAGGUGUCGUCUGUGAACGUCUCCAUCAGCGCAGUGCAGACCAUAGUGCGUCAGGGAGAAAACGUCACCGUGCUGUGCACCGUGAGUGGCAACGAGCUGGUCAACUUCAACUGGGAUUAUCCCCGCAAGCAAGCAGGGAAGGCUGUGGAGCCGGUGACCGACUUCCUGCCCGGAUCCACCCACGAGAUCCGCUCCAUCCUCAUCAUCCAGAAUGCAGAGCUGGAGGACAGUGGGACCUAUGUCUGCAAUGUCUCCGAGGGCUACCAUGAGAAAACAGACCGGAAAGACAUCACAGUCCAAGUGAUCGAGCGUGGCUUUGUGCGUUUCCACACCCACCUGCCCAGCACGGUGUACGCCGAGGUCCACAAGAGCCGUACCAUCCAGGUGGAGGUGGAGGCCUAUCCCCAACCCAGCAUUGUGUGGCUGAAGAACAACAAGACAUUGACCAUGGAGAGCAGCAGCGAGUUCACCAUCACCAGCAGGAACCUCUCAGAAACCAGGUACCAGACAGCUCUGGUGCUGGUGCGGGUGAAGCAGGAAGAAGGAGGAUUUUACACCAUCCGGGCUUUCAAUGAGGAUGAUGAGCAGGAGCUGUCCUUCCAUCUGCAGAUAAAUGUACCAGCCAAAGUGGUGGAUCUCAAGGAGAACAGCAGUGCCAGCAGUGGGGAGCAGACUGUGACAUGCUCUGCUGAAGGCAUGCCCCAGCCAGAGAUCAGCUGGUCUGCUUGCAGCGACAUCAAAUGGUGCAGCACCAAGGGUCAGCCCACCCGGCUGCUGGGGAACGAGUCUGCCGAGAUCGGGCUGCAGACCAACGCCACAUACCACGCGGAGCGGCAGGUCUUCCGCGUGAACAGCACCCUGCAGCUGCACAGGGUGGACGAGCCCAUGCUCCUGAGGUGCACCGUGCAGAACUUCCUGGGCACCAACUCCCAGGACAUCACUCUGGUCCCACACGCCUUGCCAUUCAAGGUGGUCAUCAUCUCUGUCAUCCUGGCCUUGCUGGUCCUCACUGUCAUCUCCCUCAUCAUCCUGAUUGUCCUGUGGCAGAAGAAACCUCGUUAUGAAAUCCGCUGGAAGGUGAUUGAGUCAGUCAGCUCCGAUGGGCACGAGUACAUCUAUGUGGAUCCCAUGCAGCUCCCUUAUGACUCCACCUGGGAGGUGCCCAGGGACAAGCUGGUGUUAGGACGUACUCUCGGCUCUGGUGCCUUCGGUCGCGUGGUGGAGGCAACAGCCCAUGGCCUGAGCCAUUCGCAGUCCACCAUGAAGGUGGCAGUCAAAAUGCUCAAGUCCACAGCCCGGAGCAGCGAGAAACAAGCCCUCAUGUCUGAGCUGAAGAUCAUGAGCCACCUGGGACCUCACCUCAACAUUGUCAACUUGCUGGGGGCCUGCACCAAAGGAGGACCCAUCUAUAUCAUCACCGAGUACUGCCGCUAUGGGGACCUGGUGGACUACCUGCACCGCAACAAGCACACCUUCCUGCAGUCCUAUGGAGAGAAGGCACGGCGAGAGGCAGAGCUGUAUGGGAACACCCCCAAGGAGGACCAUGUGCACAGUCACCUCUCCAUGUCUGUCGAGAGUGACGGGGGCUACAUGGACAUGAGCAAGGAUGACUCCCUGGACUAUGUGCCCAUGUCUGACAUGAAGGGUGAAGUCAAGUAUGCUGACAUCGAGUCCUCUAACUAUGGCACCCCGUAUGAGCUGGACAGCUAUUCCCCCUCAGCUCCUGAAAGGACAGACCGGGUAACACUGAUAAACGAGUCUCCGCUCCUCAGCUACAUGGACUUGGUGGGCUUCAGCUUCCAGGUGGCCAAUGGGAUGGAGUUCCUGGCUUCCAAAAAUUGUGUGCACCGGGACCUGGCUGCCAGGAACGUCCUCAUCUGUGAGGGGAAGCUGGUGAAGAUCUGUGACUUUGGUCUGGCAAGGGACAUCAUGAGGGAUUCCAACUAUAUCUCCAAAGGCAGUACCUUCUUGCCCCUUAAGUGGAUGGCUCCAGAAAGCAUCUUCAACAACCUCUACACCACCCUGAGUGACGUGUGGUCUUUUGGGAUUCUCCUUUGGGAGAUAUUCACUCUUGGAGGGACUCCAUACCCUGAACUGCCUAUGAAUGAACAGUUCUACAACGCCAUCAAACGUGGCUAUAGGAUGUCCAAACCCACCCACGCCUCUGAUGAAAUCUAUGAUAUCAUGCAGAAGUGCUGGGAGGAGAAGUUUGAGAUCAGACCAUCCUUCUCACAGCUCGUGGUGCUUAUGGGAAACCUCUUGGUGGAUUGCUACAGAAAGAGGUACCAGCAGGUGGAUGAAGAGUUCAUGAAGAGUGACCACCCUGCUGUUGUCCGCACAAGACCCACAAUUCCUGGGCUGAACAACGCCCGGCUGGCUGCCAGCUCCAACCCCAGCAGCAUCCUCUACACAGCCGUGCACCAGAACGGGGGCGAGAACGACUAUAUCAUCCCUCUUCCCGACCCCAAACCCGAGGCAAUCUGUGAGCUCCCUCAAGAGGCCUCCGUCAGCCGGGCCAGCUCUAUGCUGAACGAGGCCAACACAUCAUCUACAAUAUCCUGUGACAGCCCUCUGAGCCUCCGGCAGGACGAGGAGCAGGAAUCUGACCCGCAGCCAGGCUGCCAGGAGCCAACCACAGGACACCAAGAAGUGGAGGAGAGUUUCCUGUAGUCAGAGCUGGGCUGACUCUGCAUCUCCUUACGGAGAGGCCAGAUGAGGGGCUGACCCACAUGCCACAGAGAGCCAUGCUUUACACUCCUACAUGAGGACAUCCCCUCCUGUCCCAGCAUUCCUUCUUCCCUCCCGUCUCCCUGUGUUGGGUGGGGAAUUAAAGACUUUUCCCCAUUGCCAUCCCCUUACCCCUUAUAAAGACAUGGCUCAGUGCCAGAAACCUUGCAGAUCACUGCCAAAUCCUCCUUAGUGAUCAAACCACUGCAGGAGGGAAACAUCUCACAGACCAGCAUCUUUUCAAGUGGAAGAUGGGGGUUUGAUCUCCACAAGAGACGCUACUUUCUGCAUUGCUAAGAUGAUACUCCAGCCUCUUCCCCCUCCAUGGUGAUGAGUUUCAUCUCCUCUGCACCAGCACUUCUCUGAUGGUCUCAGCACCAGCCACGCCGUGGUUCUGUGAAAUGCCACUUGGACAGAUGAUUUGCCUGGAGCCCAAUACUGGGGUGUAGAGAACCUGCAACACCAACCUUCGACUGCUGGAGGUCAAGAGUACAUUGGAUUCUCCUCCAAGCACAGCCAAGUCCUGAAGAGGCCAGCCAGUGUCUCGGAGGUACUGAAUUACCAUUCUCCUUUCUUGACAGAGCUUUCUUGACUUUGGGAUAGAGCAUCACAAGCACUACAGGUACCCACGGCUCUGGGGAACAGCUCUGCACCCACCUACAGGCUGUCACACCCUUUUGUGGAACCCUUUUGUGCCCAGCAUGGCACCAGGAUUCCAAUGCUCUCACAAGACUUGAUUACAGAAGCAAAGAGGGCAGUUGAUGUUGUUUGUGUUGUCUGUGUGGACACUAAGCUAAUUAUUCUCCAUUGAAGAUUUAAAGGGAACAACUAUAUUAAUCCACUAGCCAGGGCCAGUAUAAGGAAGCAAUAUGGCUAUUCAUUAAUCUACUGCCACUAAGCCCAGCUCAUCUGCUGGGAAAUCAUAUAACCACGCCAGCUGCAGAAUCUUUGUGCCUUAUCUUUGGGAAGCAAGGGCUCACCUUUGAUAAACUGUUCACCUGAACACCCUUUCUCAGGAUGGGAGGUCUCACUGUUCCUUCCUGACUCACAGCAAGACUAUCAGGAUGCCAGAACACCAACCCAGGGACAUCUCCAAAGAGAGAGAGGGAGAGAGGCUGGGAAGAUCUUUGGUCAGAGCUGAACUGUCUCGUGCCCUGCCACCUUCUGGGGGUCAGGCAUACCCAGGGCUGUGAAGUGUCAUAGGGAACCAGGCAGAGCAAGACAAACUGGGGAGGAUUCCACUCUCUUGGAAAGAGUUUUGAAGACAAAACGGGCAGAGACCUUCCUCCUGCUUCUCAUCUGCUUCCUCACUUCUCAGGCAGGCCUGGGGCUUCUUGUGCUCUCAGCUGCACUUGAACAAGGAGACUCAAAGCAGGAGGAACACCAGGCUUUUGAAAUCAGUUGUGAACCCCAGCUCUGCAGAGAUGAAAGCUGGACCCUCAAAACCAGAGGUCUGACACCAUUUACACUAGCAGGUUUUUCUCUGUUUUUCUCACAGUUUUUGACUGUGACCAGAGCUCUGUUUGCUGCAUGUCCCCCACUCCCAUUAACCCCUUCUUUACCCUACUCAUGCACAUAUUUCUGUGCACCCUACAGAAACUGCACAGGCAGGUUUACAAAAUCAGAAAUUCAAUCAGCAUCUUGCUGGGCUUCUGCCACCUCAGAGCCACUGCGAAUUUUUUUUUUUUUGUCAAAAUAUGAAACUUCUGCCAGAAAUCCCCAGCCAAACAGCUUCUGUUUUAUGUUGUCUACCAUUCCAGUGCUGCCAUUUAUGUGGCUAAAAGAGAAGUAGGUGUUUUGUGGGCUGAUGUCCUUGGUAAAAUGUGAACAUAAGAAAUAGCACUUUUAUUGGCAGCCACCAGAGUAUAUUUUCAGCCUAUGUGGUCAGAUUCCCCACCAUCCAUAGGAAACACACUGUGAAUGACAACUGUUUUUCCAUGCUCUGUUCCUCCUGCUUGUAAUGAAGGAGCCAUCUUCUAUGGCCACAGUUCAGUAGAUGAUCCUCACUGAGGAAAAGCAGUAAUUUAUGAGAUCCUUUGGGUCAGACCACUUUAUUUUUCUACAUAUAAGGUGCUUGGCAGAAUCUGUGUCACUGCAACUUGAGCCCAUAGGAUGGCACAUCAGAUCAUCCUAAUAGCCCCUGUCUGCACCAGCUCCAUUUUUAAUUUGUCCUUCUCUAUCAAAGGUGACCAGAAGUAUCCAGUACUCCAGAGGAGGUCAAAUCUAGACCUCACAGGGCAUUAAUAGUUCUGGUUUGUGCUGGUCUUGACUUGCCUGGUGUAGCUUUGGGUAAUGCUGGCCUUUUCCCAGCCACAACAUACUGACAGUUUGGAGUCAUCCUCUGACCAAUCUAAGCACCUUCGUCUUUCUACACUUCCAGCAUUUCUAACCAAGAUACUCCCUGCUGUUCCAGACAUUGGGUCAUCAGCAAAUUUUGUUUAAAAAGUGUUAUUUUUGGGCUGGACUGACUAAUAAAAAUAUGAAAUACUCCUAGCAUCAAGAGCAAUCUGAGAGAGCUACUUUUACUACCUCCAUCCAGCCCAAAAAUUUCGCCAUCAAUUAACCCCUUCUCACCUUGCCUUUGGCCAUUUGCUUAUUUACUUACAAAUCCUUUUCUAAACUCCAUCUUGUAUCAAUUUAAUUGCUAAUUAAAUUACUAAUUUCCCACUAUCAAAUAAUUUCUACAGUCCUGAAAGAGGAGAUCUUAUUCCUUCUGGGGGAACUCAAGUAUCCUGUCCUAUUAGCUGGGCAUUAGCUACACUUGGAUGCCUGUGGCAUUUUGUCACAUUUGAAGAUUUAUUGCAAUUAUUCUUUGGAUCAAAGCCUGUUCUGGCUGCUGAUGGGAUGAUAACCCCACCUCCCUCUUCCUUCUUAAAGUAGGUACGCCAGACUCCUUGCAAAAUGGUACCAUUCUCCCCUCCAGAGAGAUAUGACCAAAUAUUUGUCCUUGGCCCUGCAAUUUUAAGAGCCAAGUCUUGCACUUUGUAGUACUUUCCUAUCCUUACUCUAUUCCUGCAUCAUUCCAGCUAUUCCCAUCACCAUUUAGCAAGCUGCAGGGAGCAGACCUUCUCAACCCAGCACAGGCUGGCAGCUGGGCAAAGCCAACAUGUUUUGCUAAGCAUCCAUCAAAGAAAGGGCUUGGCAGGGCUGGGACUUACAGCAUCCCCCAGACAAGCUCUCUCUCCACAUGGGGAGCCAGCUCCAGCCCCACGCUCCCUCUGUCUCUGCUGCCAACAUUCCAGUCUCUGCAUGGCCUGGAGAGUGAGGGGCAGGAGAAAUGGUUGGCUGUUCUGGGCCCAUCAGUUUUUGUAGCCCUACUUUUUCCAGUGAGACUCUGAAGGGAACUGGUCCCUCUGGGUUUUCAGUUUUGAUGAUCAGCAUUUUCGUUGGGGUGUGUUUUUGUGUUCAGAGGUGGUCCCAAACUGAGCCCCCCAUAAAGGAACACACGCCACAGCUUGGGCCCAUCUCUUGUGCAAUAUCUUUUUAUUUGUAGAUUAUAUUUUACUCUACAGCUGUUACAUUGUUAUCAGCACCAGUAUAUGCAUAAUCCUACUGCCAGUCACUAUUUCAUACAUACCUAAGUGUAUCCCAGAAACUAAUGUGUUACUCUGGUGUCUCUUUCCACAUUUAAGUUGUUUCUCAGACUGAUGUGUGCACAGGUUUUAAUCCUUUUGUCCUUCUCGGUUUGAGCGUGUUAUUUUUUUAAGCAAGAGUGUCACGUUUAGUGUUUGUUUGUGUCGUGUUAAGAAAUCUAUAGCACAGCGGACUUUACUUGUAACUAAAUUGUCUCUGUUCACCUGCCAAGGAGACUGUGGUGGAGUCCCAUGGGGAUGGGAGGCAGAAGUGCAGUGCAGAUGUGCAGCCAGAAGGAAGUCAGCCAGAAGUGAGAAACGGCUCUUCCCCUUCUUUCCAGUCAGGGCUCUGGGCUGGGGGAGAGGCAGCACCUCAAAUACAGGGCACUGGGCAAGUAGGUUUGGCCUGUGGGGAAGCCCAGGGUCUGCCUUGGGUCUGCAAAGCUGGCAGAUCUGGAGAAGGGGAUUUCACAGAGUGCUAAGGAGGCAAAACCCCCUGCUCCAACACACAGGCACAAAGGAGAGCUCUGGUCAGGCUCAGUGCUUAGCUCAGGUCCCAGGACCGAUAUGACCAGCUCACAAUCCAAACCACAGCAUCUUCCACAUGAGCAGGAGAGCAGUGGGCUGCUAAGCCAGACCUGGGGAGCCUGGAUGCAGCCUGGCUGUGCUCCCACUUGGAGAACACAAAGGUUGCCCUUUGGUGGCCAUCAGUAAUUUUUUGGCAUCCUUUGCCUCAGGUGGUUGUCCAAGCAGGGAGCAGCCAGGGCAGCUGCAGGUCCUCCCUAAGCGUUGGGCAGCUCCUGGACCACACACAGGUCCUCCCUGCAGCAAAUCCCAGCCCUGCCCAGAUGCUGAGUGGCCAGCACUGCCUGUAACAGUGAGACACCGUGUUUGCAGACCUGCCCAAAGUGGGCCAGAUAUUGCUAAGAACCAGAUUUCCUGGACCAGCACAUGGGUUCCUGCGGUCCCAACAUAGAUCCCAUGUUACUCUCAGAGAUCUGAAGUCUCUGGGAGAUGCCAAGAUGGAUCUAGUUGGCUUUGGCAAAGGCAGGGGAACUACUCCAGUGCAGCUCCAGCAGCACUUUGGAGAGAUGACUCUUGCAGGGGUAGGAGAGAAGCCAGCUUGUGCUAGGAGGCGUGCAGCAUCCCAUCAUUCCUGUCUUUUCCUCCUUCAUGGAUUGAUUGCACCAGGACUGCAAAUCUUGCCCAAAGAGUGCCCUUUCCCACUUUUUCUGAGCUGACUUGCUGUUACUCUGCAGCAUCUCUGAACAGCUGCAGCACCUGCCUCCACACUCUGUCAGAAACCAUCCAGAGGGCAAAGGGAAAAAGCAGAGCACAGACUAAGGUACCAAAGAGUUAACGUUUUUCUAGGUUUACAGAUGUAUUUUUAGGAUUUGUACUAUGUCACAUCUAUAGCCGUGAGAUAUUAUUUUUAUGCUGUAAACUUUUACAAAUACGUUUUA